GGGGGGCUUUAGUAUUAGAAAUGACACCAAAGCAGUUUUCACAUUUCCAAUGAUUCUUAGUGGUGAUCCACAAUCACUGAUUGGCUGGGCUGAUACUUAAGCCGACAGCCAAUAAAGUGUUCUCCAAACUAGUGAUGGGGAACUCCAUUCAUUGACUCCAGUUGUCAUGAGCCACUCAAAAGAUUUGACUCAAUUCUUCUCUUCUCUUGAGUACUUGACUCGAUUCAUUCGAGUCAGGGGUUACUGCUUGCACACGCAACAACAUUUUUAGCAUAAUUAACACGUGUAAAACCACAUCUCUUGCUAAACAUGGAACAGUGGUGAACCUUCCCAGGAGUGGCCCGGCCAACCAAAAUGACUCCCAAGAGCGCCGCCACUAGCCACUUGGGGCAGGAUCUCCUCCUCGACCCGGAGAUGGCACUCAACCCCUUGCUGAUGGUGCUGAUUCCCAUCCCGGAUGCUUCACACUUGGCUGCAAACCGAUCCAGUGAGAGUUGAAGAUCCAUGCUCGAUGAAGCCAGCAGGACCACAUCAUCUGCAAAAGGCAGAGACCCAAUCUUGCAGCCACCACACCAGAAUCCCUCAAUGGAAAUUCUGCCUAGAAAAGUAAUGAACAAAGGGCAGCCCUGGCGAAUUCAAACAACGACUUAGCCAGCAAUGCAAACCAGACACCGGUCAAGAGGGAACCAGCAGCAGGUCUGGUACCCCAUAUUCCUGGAGUACUCCCCACGGAAUUCCCAGAGGAACACAUGUAGACUGGUUGGGACUGACUCCUUCUUCUCCUUCUUCAGCUUGGCGCAUCCCUAACCACUGGUGUCCGCCGCCACAUCAGGCACUGACCACCCUACGGCCACAUCUCCGAUCAGCCGCCGCGACGGACACAGAAGUCCCACUACUAAACAUUGUUCGAGUAAGCAUAAGCACAAACAGUCAGAACCCAAACCCCCCACCCGAAGGCCAGAGCGAAUCACGUUUAACCCCUCUGGAGAGGAGUGUUUCCAGAGGUGAGUCCGAUUAUAUCCAGCCGGAACUUCUCAACAUCACACUCCAGCUCCGGGUCCUUCCCUGCCAGAGCGGUGACAUUCCACGUCCCAAGAGCUGGCUGCUGUAGCCGUGGAUGGGACCGCCAAGGUCUCUCUGCAGUCUUGGCAUUUCAAAAGUCAGACGGCCUUUCUCAUUCAUGUCAUUCAGGCGUCAGCGACUCUCUCACUGUUUUUCUGUUUUUGUGUCCUUGGGCAAGACACUUCCCCCACACUGUGUAUGAAUCAGCUGUCAUGAAAGACCACAUGCCAACACUUGAUGUUGUACCAGCAAUGAUUGUUGUCCUUUCCUCCAUGGCUGCACACAUGCAGGUACUGGUGUGUCCUCGGCUGGGGGCGUGUCCUCGGCUGGGGGCGUGUCCUCAGCUGGGCUGCCCAGGUGACAUUGUCUCUGCCUCACAGUUUUCACUUCAUCUCUGGACUUCUGGGAUGUUUUUCAGCAAAAUCAAGAUGCGUGAGACAUUGAAGGGUCAAGCCUCGAUGAUCAUUUUUGCCUUCAUGUUGCCGUGUGCCGGCUGUGCGCUGCUAGUUUCCGCAUUGGGUCCCACCCGGGUGGAUGCCCUGGCCGACACCAAUGUGACCUUGGCGGUGUCCUUCAGUGGCACCCCUGACCCUGCUGUGACCUGGUUCAAAGGUCAUCUCCCGGUGGUCACUUGGACGGUGGGCUCUGGUGUUGUCCCAGACGUAGCCCAAAGCCAGAGGGAGGUUCUGAGGCUGGAACCAAAUGGAUCCCUGACUUUGAUCAAGGUGCCUGUAGAGUACAGCAGCAUAUACACGCUGGAGAUGACAAAAUCUGGAUUGGGCACGGCCUGCUUGAAUUUCACGCUGAGGGUUUAUGAAAGCUUCCAGAAUGUGACGGUGGCGCUGCUGCCUGAGCGGGUCCAGGAAGGCACGGAGGAGUUGAUGCUGCGGUAUGGCAUGCAGCAAGGCGUGGUGGAGCGGCAGCUCUGGUUCUUCAACGGACGCCCCCUACCAGACAACCUCCGUUACUCCGUGCAGCCGGGCAGCCUCUCCAUCCGCAGGCCUGACCGGACCGAUGCGGGACGGUACUCCGUGUCUCUGAGUAACCCUUUCAGCAGCGAGACGGCUCACGUCAAUGUCAGCGUGUUGUACGGUCCAGAUGAGCCCAGAAUCCGAGUCAGGCCAGCUCAGGACUUUUACACAUCAGGAGAUUCGGUCACCCUGUCCUGCCAGGCAGACGGGUCCCCACGGCCGACCGUGGCGUGGACGUUUGCCGGUCAGACGUUGUCCCUCGGACAGACGGGCGUACUCGGUCUGAGCCACGUCCAGACGGCCCAAAGAGGACGUUACACGUGCACGCUCCUCAACCACGUGACUGGAGCACAGCGACACAAAAGCAUCAGCGUGCACGUUUAUGAGAGGCCUCCGGGAUAUGCCACGUGUUACGUGCAGUCCGAGGAUAACGUCCACUUGCAGUAUGGGUGCCGGUGGUCGGGGGGGACGCCCCUCGCCCGGCUGUCCUUCCCGGACCUGAUGAACGCCAGCAGCGGGCUGGAAGAGUUCACCCUGACUGUGAAGGCAUCACGCCACCUGGAUGGGAAAAGUGUCACCUGUGAGGGCGUUCAUCCAGUGGGAGGCAGCAAGUGUAACGAAGUCAUGCCGACCCAAGAUUGUUGCACAUGGUAUGGUAUACUCCCAUGGUGUUUCCCUCCAGACGCUCCCGUGGACUUCCUCCCGGCCGUGAGAACCCAUGUGGAUUCUGAGGGCAAAAUAGUGGUCAGCGUCUCCUGUGUCAGCGAGGCCUCGCCCCCCGCUCUGGUGUCCUGGUUCAGAGGGGGCGAGGCCGUUGUUAGCGACGGAACAGAGCAUGACAUCAGCGAGGACACCACACGCUUAAACAUCCGUCAUCACAACGUCAGCAUGCUCCUCCUCCACAACCUCACCUGCUCAUGCACCAACCCUCUAGGACGCAGCAUCAGACACCUUCACCUGCAAGAGCCGUCCAUCUCCGCUUUCAGUUUGUUCCCGCACCGGGAUGGAACCGUGGUCACCUUGACCUGGGAAGUCCCGCCCACCUCCAUCGUGACAGGUUUUGACAUCCAGAUGAGCGGGCCGGACCUCCCGAGCGAGGAUGGUCGUCGCAGCCCGAACACGUACCGCACCAUCUUGCCCAAACCCGGCUCGGCAAGAAGCGCUGACAUCCUGGACCUGGAUCCCAAAGCCUUGUACCGCUUCCGAGUCGUCCCCAGAGCCUUAAUGGCGGAGGGUCAGCCCACAGCGUCCCACAGGAUUGGCCCGGGUGAAGGUCUCAGUGGUCCGGCCAUCGCUGGCAUCGCAGCUGGAAUUCCCUGCAGCAUCGUCGUCCUGCUUCUCCUGUGCGGACUCGUCUACAUGUUGCUCUACUCCAGCAGGAUGAAAAGUCAUCAGGCAAGAUAUCCCGUGUCCAGAGCCGCCAACAAGGUCCAGACCACCCACACGCAAACGCCUCAGAACCUGCUGCCGGGGGGCCCCAAGUCCCCCCCGGAUUACAACAGACUACACCAGACGCCGUCCAGUCUUUCAGUGGCCCCACCCUCUUUUGUGCCCCCACCCCCCGUCAGAGUUGCAACAACCGUAUAAAGCAAUGAAAUAUUCUCCAGUAUAAUUUCCAUUCUGCUGCAUGAGGAGCCAUACUGACAUUCAGCCUCUUUUUUCUCCUCGUCUCACAUUAUUUAUUAAUACUUUGGCUUUAUUGUUGUGAAGUCUUGUUAAAUGGGAGACAUUUAACGACUUUAUUUUUUAAUGAUGUUUUUUACAUUUAGAGGUUCACUCUAUUUUGCACCAAAACUACACACAAGACGUUUAAAGAAACCCAAAAGUGUGUAUUAUUAUUAUUAUUAUUAGUAGUAGUAGUAGAAGUAGUGGUAGUUUUUGUGUAUUAUAUAUAUAUAUAGUAGUAGUUUUUGUGUGUGUGUAUAUAUAUAUAUAUAUCCCAAAAAACAACAAAUUUAUUGCAACCCCCCAAAGUUAUUUAUUAAUCACAAACAUUUUUGCAGUAAUGUUAUUAUUUUGAAAUGAUUGAAAUGAGGUAGUUUAGGUUUUUUUUGUACAUGAUUUUGUCCCAAAACUACAGGACAUAUUUUAUUGGAUAAAGUAACAGCAAAGUCCAAUUAUUUUGAUGAUUUGAUUUCUGAGUAUUAUUGCUAACAAUAUUAUUCAGGAUAUGUGAAAAUACAUGCAGUCUUCCUGACUAAAUACAAUAUUUGUGUCCAGAAGCACAGAGAGUCGAAGAUGUAGUAGUAGUAGUAGUAGUAGGAGUAGUAGGAGUAGUAUCCAUUUAUUCCGGAAGGGUGUGGCAUCCUUGUCACCGUGGGCCAGCCACUCGUCUGCACUCGUGCAUCCUGUAGGCACACAUGUAGAAUAUUCCUGCAAAACAACAACACGUCUUUACACGACUUCUUCUUGCAAGACCAUUGAUUAGGCACGCCAGCGUCGCCACCUGCGAAGAAGGUCAUGAGCAGCGCCACCCAGCCCAGUAUGUAGGACCAGGAGAAGCGCCAGUCUCCAAAGCGCUUGCCCAGGAAGUUGACGGUGACGCCGGUGUAGAUGGCCAUGGCCAGCAGGACAAACAGAGCUAGCGGGACACCAGAAGGUCACAUGGAUGGAUGUCAUGUGUCCUGCUCUCCUGCUCGUGCUUUGCCGUGUGUUUUCCACCCACUUGAAACAAAGAACAUGAUCCCGGCGGCGAAGGAGCGGUUGAAUCUCUCGAAGGCCGAGAAGUGUGCAAAGGACAGGAUGCCUGCGAUGAUGCCGGCGAAGCAGGACAUGGCCGACAGGAUCAUGAAGGCACGCGUGGCGUUCCAGUAGGCUAGAGGAGCCGAAGGCACACGGAGGAAGGCUCAUGGAUCAUACAUUUAGGAUAUACAGCAUGCAUGUCAUUGCAGUUCAAACAUGGCGCCCUCACUCGAUUGCGCUUUUUCAAAAAGUCCUACAGGAUGACUUUUGUUUGGAACGCAGGCUGUUGUUGGUCCAAACAUAAGAUGGCCAAUGAAUGAAUUUCAUUAAGAAAGGCCUAGUUGAAGUAUAGAAUUAGUCAAGUGUAUGCUGUAUAUUGCACAUAUACUGUACACUGGGGGGCCUGGGUGUAGAGAGAGAGAGA